GCUGGAAAUUGAUCAGAGCCCCCUCUCUUACCGGGAAGAGUCAAUUCAUCCGUCCCUAUACGACGCCACCACUGUGGAGAGCACUCGAGAAAGGCGAAGAGGUUCGUAUCGAAGAGGCCGAGCUACAUCAGUACCAACGCUAUCGCUGGCUGUCCAUUUUUCCUUCUCCCAGGAAAUAAACUUUCUAUUAACGACCCCACAGCACCAAAGAUGCCGAGCAACUGGCGGCACGGUAUCGCAAGUUCCGGCUGCCGGCACUGAUCGAUGCCGCCAGCGAAGUAGCCGGUAGUGAUGCUUCCAACUGUACCAAGGUCCUCAAAUGCAUCGAAGGGCAAUACAAUAAGGCCUUGAUCCUGUCGAUGGACAAUGGCCAGGACGUGGUGGCCCGGCUACCCAAUCCCAACGCCGGACCGAGAUUCUACACUACCGCAUCGGAGGUGGCCACGCGUCAGUUUCUCCGAGACCAUCUCGCUCUCCCCGUCCCUCGAAUCUACGCGUGGUCUGUAGAUGAGACAAAUCCAGUUGGGGCCGAGUACAUUCUGGAGGAGAAAGCGACUGGGCAACCGUUAGGGUUGCUGUGGAGCAAUCUGCCAUCCUUGGCUCGUGCGCACAUCAUCGACCAAGUCGUCGACAUCGAGCGGAGGCUUUUGUCUCUUACUUUCCCGCGGCAUGGGUGCAUAUACUUCCAGUCAGACCUCGAGUCACGACCAGAACAUCCCAGUUUCGUUCCAAUACAGAGCCCAGACGGUGGAAGUAGGCCCGCAUUUGCCCUCGGUCCGUUGACCCAUCCACGGUACUGGCACGGCCACAUGGGAAGAGUACCAAUGAACCUCCACAGGGGGCCGUUCAAAAAUAUGGCGGAGUAUGCCAGCGCCAUCGCGCAGAACGAGAUCCGAUGGGCGCAGACGCCCGCCAAACCAAGAAUGAACGUCCGGCGAUCAGAGGAGCAGCUAGAGACAGCAGAUGAGUACGUCGCUUUGCUGGAGCGGUAUACAAAGCUCGUGCCCUACCUGCUCCAGGAACCUCAUGGUCACGAAUCCCCAGACCAGCUGUCGCAUCCUGAUCUACACCUGGACAACAUCUUCGUGGACCCAGCAACCAACAACAUCACAGCCGUGAUCGACUGGCAGCAUGCGGCCGCUUCGCCAGUUGAUCUACACCCGCUGAUUCCGCAGAUGCUGGAGCCAACGACAGCGGGGACAGGCGAAGGCGACGACUCACUCCGACAGUUUUACUUCGCCAAGCUCAAGAGUCUGAAUCCCAGGCGAUGGGAGGCACUUACUGAACCGUGUCACACACUCAGAAUGAAACCUACCCGGCUGGUGCCGGCUUGCUGGCAGCGAGAUGACCUGUUCUCCCUCCGCCACUCACUGAUCGCAGUAGUCGCUCGCUGGGACGAUAUAUGCACCAGUUCAAUUAAAUGUCCGAUCGAUUUCACUAUUCAAGAGCUCCAACAACAUGACGAGGAGAUGGAGCUUAUCGAGGGUGUUUCAUUGGUCUUGCGCCAGAUUCAAGAACAAGGGCUCCUCCCUCUGGGCGGCAUGGUUCCGCGCGAGCGGUAUGAAGUCGCUCAGAGAUUGAGCCAGCAUUUCAGGGACGAGUUUAUCGCAUUGGGGGAGGAUGCGGAGCAGAGGGAGAUACUCGCCAAGAUUUGGCCAUAUUCGUGAGUUCCUGGAGCUGGGUUCUUUGAUGAAAGAAAAAAAAAAAAAGAAAC